GGAGAGGAGACUCCCUCGUCGUCGUUGGGUGACGGUGGCACAGAUGGGCGCGACGCUCCGCAGCUGAGCCACGGAUCCAGCUGCACGGUCCCCGCGCUCCACAGCUGGAAAGGACGCAAUCCUGCGAAUGACACUUCACCACCACUGCUGAAGAGACACUCAUUGUUUCCUGUGCUCCUCCCGUCUGUGGCAGCCGGCACCAUGCUCCCCCGUAACCUGCGAACAGGUGGUUAUGACCUGCCGGGGGUGGAGUCCAGCGACGUGCCUCUCAUUGGCUACCGGCCUUUACCGCCUGACCAUGGCACCCCGAGCCACCAAUCAGGGAGGGGGGGCGGCAGCGAUGAACUGGAUACUUCCCAAGCAGAGCCCUCACCGAUGAAGACGACCUGGUACUGUCCUCUCGACCUGUCCACUGUGUUGGAGGAAGAGGAGGAUGGAGUCAUCUACACCGUGGUGGUCAAGCAGCAGCAUGUCGGCCCCACCAGUCCAGUGUCACGGGUGUCUCGCUCCCAGUGUGUGAAAGCAGGAACAGAGGAGAAGCUGGUGCUCCACCUCCUCCACUCCUUCUCUUUGGGAGACUCGUCCUUCAUCACCAUCUUCCUCUCCACCUAUCGCUCCUUCACCUCCACGGAGAGAGUGCUGGACAUCCUCAGUGACAGAUUGGAGAAUCCACCAGGGGACAGCGAGAGGAGCCACAUGAGACAGGCUUUCAACAAGGCGGUGUGCACUGUGUUCAGAACAUGGCUGACGGAGUUUCCUGAGGACUUCAAGAGUUUGAAGGAGCCCUCUCGUCUGCUGCGUCUGGCUCCCCUGCUCCCUCAGGACUCCUCCUCUGCGGCCGACCUCCGCGCUUGCCUCCUCAGGAUCGCAGAGGAGCUCAGCGAGAAAGCCCUGCUCCCCGACACCCACAGAGAUCAGAGCGGUUUCCCCAGCUCUCCUCCUGACGCCUCGAAGUUUGAACCCACCAGCAUCCUGGGAUUUCCUGCCCCGCUCAUCGCUGAGCAGCUCACCAGGACCGAGUCGGAGCUGUUUGUCCGUCUGGUGCCGUACCACUGCCUCGGCUCGCUGUGGUCUCAGAGGGACAAGAAGGGGAGGGAGGGCGUCUGCUGGUCCGUCCGGGCCACGGUGCGGCAGUUCAACAAGUUGGCCAACGCCGUUUUAGCGUCGUGCCUCUGCGCGACGAUGCUGCGCAGCCAGCAGAGAGCGCGGCUGCUGGAGAAAUGGAUCAGCGUGGCAGAGGAGUGCCGAGGCAGAAAGAACUUCUCCUCGCUGUACGCCAUCGUGUCCGCUCUGCAGAGUAACCCCAUCCACCGGCUGAGGAAGACGUGGCAGGACACCGACAGGGAGGUGGUGAGGAGAUACGAGGAACUGUCGGAAAUAUUCUCCGAGAAGGACAACUACUCCCAGAGUCGAGAGCUCCUGAAGGAGGAGGGAACCUCAAAGUUUGCCAACACGGACAACAGGCUGAACAACAGACAUUUUAAUAAGUCCACCGCCCAGGGCACCGUGCCCUACCUGGGCAUCUUCCUCACAGACCUCACCAUGCUGGACACCGCGGUCAAAGACAGGCUCGACAACGGCUACAUCAACUUUGACAAAAGGAGAAGGGAAUUUGAGGUUUUGGCUCAAAUCCGCCUCCUGCAGUCUUCCUGCAAAAACUGUGUGUUCAGCACGGACGAGUCCUUCAUGCACUGGUAUCACAGUGUCCCCACACUAAACGAGGAGGAGUGUUACAGACUGUCCAAUGAAAUCGAAGCACCCGGCGAGCCGAGCCCUCGCGGCCCCACUCCGACAGUCAUCAUCACACAGUGUCCAGACCUGAGCAGCUCGCGGACGAGUCUGGCGGGCGACAGCGACAGCCUCUUUGACUUCCCCUCGCCCGUCAAUAACCUGCUAUCAAAACUCACAAAGCACAUGAGAUCUCCAUCUGUGUCCUGUCUGGAUGUGGAAACGUCCCCUUCCACCGCCGAGUCCACCCCCGACACCCUGACUCCAUCCACGCCCACAAAGUCCCACCGCCGAUCGGCCUCCUGCGGCAACAACCCCCCCAACAACGUGCAAGGGUCCGGGCCAGACAUGCGGAUCAUCAGGAUAGGGAUGGACCUGCACGAUGGAAACAUGUACCGAAGCAUUCUGGUUACGAGCAACGACAAGACCCCCACUGUGGUUAGCUCUGCCUUAGAGAAGCACAAUCAGGACCCCAAACAGACGUCCAAGUACGAGCUGAUCCAGCUCCUGCCCGACGCAAAAGAACUGGUCAUCCCCGCCACAGGAAACGUCUUCUACGCCAUGACAUCAUCCAGCGUCGACUUCCUGUUGAGGAGGAAAGGCGGGAACACUCCUCUUGGCUCGCAUCCGAUCAGCACCGAGACGAGCGCCACGUUUCCUCGAAUCAAGGCCAAGGGGAGGAGGCUGGUCAGGACUCUGUUUUGACGUCAGAUCUUUGUCCACGGUGAACUUUUCACUUGUCGCCCCCUGAUAAACACACGGGGGGGGGGGGUGGAUCUCUCAAUAACGUGGCCUUCUCUGUGCAAACACAAAAAGCUACACAUGCCUUUAUCCCAUGCUCCUCGGACGCCUCUUCUACCAAAGCACAGAGACCAAGUUCCUCAGACAUUUCCGAGCCGCCUGCUGCUCGUCUGUCGAGUCUUUCUUCUUUCCAAACAUUAUGCAUUGCUGAUUCACAUCCAGAGGAAGAGCGGCGGAGGCCUUUAAGUGAGUGCUCUUGGUGCUGGCUCUGGACUCCCAGUCAGGUAGCACUUAAAGCAUUUUUUUCUUCUUUGCUCAUUCCAACUCAAUGAAUAAGAUCUAUUCUAAUUAACACCAAGAAAUCCCUGGUUGUUGUCUGCCUCCGCUGUGAGGGAUGCUUCCCAACGUUAGAGGAAGAGUUAAUUGGUCUUCCUGCGAUCACCCAUGAGGCCGUCGAAGGAUUUAAGACUGUUUUAUUUGGGGAGGAAAAAUUAUAAUGAAAUCCUAACACGCAGAACUCGUCAGAUCUGGUUCUGGGAAGCAGCACGAAUACAGGAAGACGCACGAAUGGAAAACAGAUGUAAUGUUAAUGCAUCUCUGUAGCAAAGCACUGGAGGUUGUCAUAGGAGACACACAUAUAUAUGUUUUGUAUAUAUUUAUAUAUUUUGUACGUCUGUGUGAUGUCGACGUUGUGUUUACACUGGCAAGAAGCUCGAUAUGUCCAAAAACUGUCAAGUCACCAAUUCAUCAAGGAAUCUGUUAUUUAAACUGGUCAGCAAAUCAACACAGUGAGUGAUUGAGCAGAUAUUGAUUUCAGCUUCAAACUUAAAGCAGCAUCGACCUCUGUUUUUCUAUAACACUGAUUAUUUGACUAUUGAUAUUGUGAAGCUCGAAGCUUUUCAAGACUUUCUGUCAGAAUUCACAGGUUGUGUCCGAAAUCCCUCACUGAUCACUACGUAGUGAGUCCGCCAUUUUGUAGUGGUGUCCGAAUGUUUUUUAUACCCUAUUUGGUGCACUCAUUGUUUCCCACAAUGCAUUGUGAAACGUAGAGCACGUUUCACAAUGCAUGAUGGCAAUAUGCAUUGCGCUGGUGGUGGAGAGACGGAAAUUGUCGUAUAAAUGUAAAUAGAACCAGAGCAGCACAGCACAAAGUGUGGGAAAGAAAUUUAUAUCUACAUUUAAAGAGUAUAAUUUAAUGGGGUUUUUUUUACCUUUAAGUAUUAAUACUAAGUGUAAAAUAAAGGUUUAAAAUUUACUGUGAUAUUUUCCACCAGCCGAUGUUGUUGUACGUCAUAAUCCCGCGACAACGGCGAGAUUAUCUGCGCCAAGUAGUGUCCGAAAGUAGGGAAUAGUGAAUGAGUGGGUGAUUUCAGACACAACCAUAGACUCUACACAAAGAUGGCCGACAUGACAACUCCCCAAAAGUGAAGCCAAAAGCUGUCUCUGUGUCGAAGUCUCCUUCAAAUGCGGCAGUGACUGUAACACAGAUAUUUUGGCUCCGUUUGUGGAUAGUGGGAGGAAGUGGAGACACGUCGUCCAUCUUCACAUUCAGUCUAUGCUACGAGACCAAACAAGAGCUAAAAGAAGUUCGGUAUAAGUGUUGGCAGCUGUUAGCCAAAACAAAUUUAAAGGCAAUAAGAUGAUACAUUGAUUAUUUUUGGUAUAUUUCUGCCCCUUAGUGGCCAAACAUUUAAUGGCUGUUACUGCAGCCUAGAAACAACUCGCAGCUCUUUCAAACUUAGUGGCUUCGCUUCCCUGUUGAGGACAAUGAGGGAAAUAAAACUAAAAGAAACCACCGGUUAAACGUUUCGACAGAGCUGAAGCUUGAAUUUGAUUCACGCAGAUUUCCCAGCAGCUCAGCAGGAUCCAUCUUUACUCCUGUUUACGUGCAGCACAACGCCUCAGCUCUUCUUUCAUGUUGUGAGUCAACUUCAGAGCAGGUUUAUAACACUCAACCUCAAACUUUGACACAAGUCUUGUGACCUCUGGUUGUCGCGCUCCCCUGCUCGGUGCCGGUGACGCCUGUUGUACAUCGGCCGAGGCACUAGCACGGCUGGACCAGGGAGAGGAUUCUGGGUAAUAAUAAUGGAUGACGUGUGCUAGCGUUAAUGCUACGCUACUGAUUGUUUUCUGUGCCUUCCUCCACAAGGGUGCUCACCUUUCCCCAUGUUUGCAUUAGAAUGUACGCAGCACAUGCGGCGGACACGCAGUCGCCUCCAGUGCUGCGUCGUCUCACAUCAAAGCUAUUUAUGCACUACAUACAGGAUGUCCUAUUUUUGUGGUAAUAAAUUUACUUUUAUAUGAA